ACGUGUGCUCACUUGGACGGGUUAAAUGCAGAAGUAACACUGAUAAUAAAAUAGUGUGGGCUACCAAAGCUGGUUUCAUUCAUUGACUGUUUCCUGCCGGGUAGAUCACGAAAAACGUGCAAACUACCCUACGUGACUCAGCUUUUUGUGACUUCCCUGUCUCAGUCAACGUAGUUCUGUUACCUACUACUCACAGACUCCACCAACACGCUCUCCCGCCCAUCAGCGUCACCGAUUCAAAUUGCAGAGUGAAAGAAAGCAGCGAGCCGGGCUGAUCGCACUCACACACUCCCGAGCAGCGGCGGAGAGAGGAGCGCGCACAGCGAGCGAGAGGCUGUAGACCCUUCACCGGUUUAUUCUCUUGCAUGAACGCGACCGCAAAACCAGCACCAGGGAUCUAACUAUGUGGACACAAGUCGGCCAGCUCGUGCUGUUACAUUUGCUGCUCAUGGAGCUCUACUGCGCUAAAGGAACUCAUACGGAGUCGGAGUGUGAAACCGGGCAGUUUCAGUGCAACAACGGACGGUGCAUCCCGACCCUGUGGAGAUGUGACGACGACGACGACUGCUCAGACAACAGCGACGAGGAAAACUGUCCAAAGAAGACAUGUGCAACCACAGACUUCGCCUGUGCGAAUGGACAGUGUGUUCCUGCUAGGUGGCGCUGUGACGGAGAACCGGAGUGUGCGGACGGUUCAGACGAGGCUGACGCAAUCUGCAGCCGGCAGACUUGUCCGCCUGAGAAGUUUGAUUGUGGAGGGGCUGCCAGCAAAUGUGUUUCGUUGUCAUGGCGAUGCGACGGCGAGAGAGACUGCGAGAACGGGGCAGACGAGGAGCAGUGCGCUGCAGACGCCAAGGCCUGCUCCUCCAAAGAUUUCCACUGCCGCAACGGGAAGUGUCUGGCUCAGAUAUACGUGUGCGACGGCGACGAUGACUGCGGGGACGCCAGCGACGAGGAGAAAUGCUCGGCCCCGACCUGCGGCCAGCACGACUUCCGCUGCAACGACUCCGAGUGCAUCCCGGCCCUGUGGAGCUGUGACGGCGACCCGGACUGCAAGGACAAGUCAGACGAGUCCAUGGAGCGCUGCAGCCGCAGGACGGAGGCCCAGAAACCUCUCUGCCCAGCGAGCGAGUUUCAGUGCGGGAGUGGGGAGUGCGUGCACAUGAACUGGAAGUGCGACGGCGACGCAGACUGCAAGGACAAAUCAGACGAGGCGAACUGUCCCCUGCUCACAUGUCGACCCGAUGAGUUCCAGUGCGGUGAUGGCUCCUGUAUUCACGGCACCAAACAGUGUAACAAAGUUCAUGACUGUCCAGACUACAGCGACGAAGCCGGCUGCGUCAACGUGACCAAAUGCGACGGGCCAAAGAAGUUCCGCUGCAAGAACGGGGAGUGUAUUGACAGCAGCAAGGUGUGCGACAAUGUGAAAGACUGCAAGGACUGGUCUGACGAGCCCAUGAAGGAGUGUGGCCUGAACGAGUGUGCAGACAACAAUGGCGGCUGCUCCCACGUCUGCAGGGACCACAGAAUCGGUUAUGAGUGUGACUGUCCCUCUGGGUACAAACUGAUGGACAAAAAGACUUGUGGAGACAUAGAUGAAUGCGAGAACCCAGACGCCUGCAGUCAGAUCUGCAUCAACUACAAAGGAGAUUACAAGUGUGAAUGUUACGAAGGCUACGAGAUGGACCCGGCCUCUAAGACCUGCAAAGCUGUCGGAAAGAGCCCGUACCUGAUGUUCACCAACCGCCAUGAAAUCCGCCGCAUCGACCUGCUGAGGAGUGAAUACACACAAGUGGUUCCCACACUGAAGAACGCUGUGGCCCUGGACGUGGACGUGUCCACCAACAAGAUGUUCUGGUGUGAUCUGUAUCAUCAAAAAAUAUACAGUGCGUACAUCAACAAGGCCAGUGACUCGUCGGAGCAGGUGACGCUCAUCGACUCGCUCCACUCUCCCGAGGGCCUGGCUGUCGACUGGGUUCAUAAGAACAUCUACUGGACCGACUCGGGCAACAAGAGCAUCUCAGUCGCCACGGGUGAUGGCAGGAAGAGGAAAGUGCUGAUAACCACUGAGCUGAGCGAGCCACGGGCCAUCGCAGUGGACCCGCACCAAGGGUUUAUGUACUGGUCGGACUGGGGAGAUCAAGCCAAAAUCGAGAAGGCUGGGAUGAACGGAGUCGACCGACAGAUUCUGGUGUCUGAGCACAUUGAGUGGCCCAAUGGAAUCACUCUGGACUUGUCCAACAGACGUCUGUAUUGGGUGGACUCCAAGCUGCACCUGCUGUCCAGCGUGGAUCUGAACGGAGACAACCGCAAAGUGCUGCUGUCCUCCCGUCACCACCUGGGACACCCGUUCGCCCUCACUGUCUUUGAGGAUCGCAUCUAUUGGACAGACUUGGAAGAUGAAGCGAUCUACAGCGCCAACCGACUGACUGGACAAGACGUGGCCAAGGUGGCGGAGCACCUCAACAACCCUCUGGACCUGGUGGUGUUUCACGAACAGAGGCAGCCGAAGGCCCCUGACACCUGCAAUAUGGGCAGCCUCCCCAACGGCGGCUGUGAGUACCUCUGCCUGAAGGCCCCUCAGAUCACAGACCACUCCCCCAAGUACACCUGCGCCUGCCCCGACGGCAUGGAGCUAGGACCUGACAUGAGGCGCUGCGCCACAGUCCGACCCAGGACAACGACCACGGCUGCCCCGUCCACCACGACAACCACAGCUCCCGCCACCACGACUACAGCGAGCACCACAACAACAACUAGCACCACCGUUGCCCCCGCCACCACAACAACCACCACCACUACCACCAGCACCACCAGCACCACCACCACCACCACCUCCGCCACAACCACGCUGAGACCUACGACCAGGCGCCUCACGACGCCGGCCCUCCCCCAGACCUCCAGAAGCACAAGAAGUACGGAGCGGCCUCGGACUCCCGCUGCCACGAGCACGGAGACGACCAGCUUCAGCAGCGCCGCUCGGACGUCCACAUCCACGCACACGCCCCCACUGGGCCCGAUGGCCCCCAACAGCAUUCAAAGAGAGAGCAACGCAAACCUCUCUCACAGAGCUGCGAGUGAUCACUACCUCAUAGGUAACAACAUCACAGUAGCUGUCCUGGGGAUAGUCAUCCCUAUUGUCCCUAUCCUUGCCACAGUGGUCAUUGGAUUGCUGUGCACCGGCGGAUACCUGGUCUGGCGCAACUGGCGGCGCAAGAACACCAAGAGCAUGAACUUCGACAACCCCGUCUACCGCAAAACCACGGAGGACGACGACGACGAGAUCCACAUCGGGCGCCACAGCGAGUCCAUCGGCCACGUCUACCCAGCAGUGAGUGGCAGCCACAGUCAGCCGUUCAUAGCGCUUCCACUAGGGGGCGGCAUCACAGACAGCAACUCGCACUGGUACUCAGGGGCGCCGAUGCUCUCCAGCGGCAAAUGAGGGGGGAGCCGCAGAGCAGAGGAGGAAGUUUCUAAUGUUUGGGAAAAGGGAGGAUGCGCGAGGGUUUGGAAAAGCCUGGUUUUCGUACACGUCGGCCCGGCGGGAAAAAAGAACAGGCUUGCACACUGUCACGUGUUCACGAAUAGUUUUUUGCAGAACUCACUGAAAAUCAUAUACACAUACAAUAUAAGCCCUUCACCACUACACCAUGUUCACAUUCCAUUCACCGUCGGCGACCAUAUUCAUACGGUGCAUACAUUUUAUCAACAGCAAGUCCCUGCUGCCAACCUGCCAUCCCAUUCACUUGUGCAAUGUGUUUUGUGUUUCUGGUUAUUGAAGUGUAUGUCCCCGUUUCCUGACACGCACACACACACACAAAAAAACAAAAAAAAAACGACACAGAUGAAAGGUGUCAUCCGUUGUUUACAGAAGUAGAAAUUCUUUUUUUUUUUUAUUUCAGCUUGGUCACUAGAUAGCUGAAAACAUGAGCCACGAGGUAACGAAGUGAGGAAUUUUGGAACGACUGUUCUUAUAUAUGAUGACAAGGAGUCGUCCAGGUUCUAACCAAACAAGAGCAUUGAGUCAUAAAUGAUUACUGCUAUCUGAGUGCAAACAGGGUUCAUUGAAGUUUUGAGAUUCCUUUGAAGAGAAAAGGGAUUAGCUUUAUAUUUUACUUGAAAGAGGACUGCACGGCACAAGGAUAGACCACUACUCAAAGCAAAUUGAAGUUUUAAAGUGGGUAGUGACUGUGUAAAUAAUGCACAAAUGGUAAAAAAAAAAAAAAGGGAGCACAAAUCAGGAAUUUUUGCAUUUGAGUGCAUUUGCAGAAACUACAAAUCUCAACAUUAGGGCUGCAGACCGCCCUGCUCAUUUUCCACUGAUGGAGAAGCAGUUUCGGGUGAAUCGGUCGUUUGUCAAACUCUGGAAGCAAUGGCAGCUGUAGAGGUGGAAAUACACUCACAUCUAGAGUCAUCGGGACACUUGUGACAUUUAUUGAAUAUAUCUGUUGUUUUGGGUGUCAGCGAAGUGGGGAAGGGCAGCCAAAAAGGAUUAUUGGGGAGUGGGGGUGAUGGAGGGGCGGAUGGCAGCCUAGCGCUUUGAUCGGUUGGCAUGGUAACACAGAUUCUUUUGUGUUGCUCCACAGAGAAAGAAGGCAAAGAAUUCUGGGUAUCACUGGCACGAUGACAGGGAGGGAGCGCAGACACGCACACAAACACACACACGCGCGCACGAAACAGGUGCACGACUGAGUCAUAUUAAGAUUCAAGGUCGAAGUAACAACCGCCUCUCCUCAGCGAGGAGCCGCGGGAAGGCGACUUCGCUCCCUUUCCAUCCUCCUCUUUCAUUAUUUAUGUCUGCACAACCCCCUUUUGUUGUCUUUUAGCUUUUUGCUUGUUUCCGUGCCUCUCCUUAACUUUUGUCUUGGUUUCGCGUAGUAGCAUUGUGGCAUCUCAGGCAAACCAGAGGGAGCCAGGCUGGCGUUAUGUGGGCCAGACAUUUGCAGCCGUGGGCAAGCGAGCUGCAUUCCUCGCCUAGGAGCAGCCAAGGAAGGAGGGGACGAACAAGUGUGUGUGUGUGUUGGGGGGGGGGUAAAGAGGAGAAGUGAGGCCAGCAAAGAGGGGGAAAUGGAGGAUGAGAAAUCUAAUUUUGUCAUGGGUUCCAGCUAAACGUGAAUUUUUCUCCUCUUGUUUUCUCUCUCCUUCACCAGCCUUCUGUGGUAACAGUCUUUUUAUUUGCUGUUUGCAGCGCGUGGCACUCAGUCUGGAGGAUGAUGGCUAUCCCUGAGGGUGGUGGGGGGAUGCAGCCCGCCCCCCCACCCUCUAGUCCCAUCCUGGCCCCUCCUCUCGCCACAGCCUCGACACCACUACAGUGAGGCCAGUACAACGCAGAGGAGAAAGAGAAGGAGUCCUCACUAUACCUUUUAAGGAGCAGGGAUGACACGUACACCUCCCCCUCCCCCUCCCUUCCUCUCCUACUUUCUACAUUGGAGUAACAUUACUACCAUUACUAGCCACUACUCUUGUAGUUUAGUAGCCGCUGCUCCGCUCCUCUCUUCUCUCUGCUUCUUGUUAGCAGUAGUGGUGUGUAAAAUGCUGCUUGAUGAUAUUGUUCGUACUAACCUCGUUGGGCUGUCUCAGUGCACAUUGUAAAUAGAGGGCUACCUGGCCACUGUACAAGUGGGGGGUGGAAGAGCCGCCCUACGUAACUUUCAGUUCAUACGUUUUUGUUUUAUUUAUUUGCUCCCUGUUGUAAAUAUCUAAUCAGCAUCUCUCAGUGCAGAGUACGAUAAGCAGAUCUGGUUGGUCAAGUCCGCACAGAUACAGCCUACAGCACAGCACUUGUCAAGGACGUUUUAUUUCCUAGUAGCCGCCCUUACACACAAAAGUUGACAAGACAUAUUUUUUUUAAAGGGCGGAUGUCAUCCUUUUUCACACCCAGCCCCUUCAGAGUCGCCCAAUAACAUAUGGUAAAGCUAAAUAUAGCCAAGGGGAAAGGAGAGGAAAAGGUGAUGGAGCUGUCUUCACAUUUGGAGGUGAUUUUGGGGUGGAAGAGUAAGGGAAGGUGUUUUUUUUUGUUUUGUUUUUUUUUUUUUUUUUUGGAAGGAUUUGUGCCACCAGAGGGUACUGCCUCAAGGCAAAAAAAAAAAAAAAAACAGCAGCAGGGCAGAAAAGGCAAAGGAUUAUGGGUAAUCCUCUUUCCCGGUAUGCGUACAGUCGAUAAUGAACUUGGGAUUGUUUGCUUAUUUGCAGUGGGUAUUAGGACUCACACGUGUGUGUCUGACAUUAUGUUUGUGUCUGCAGGCAUCAAUAUUUCAGAGGUAGAAGUAUAUUCCAGCGCAGACUGCUACAAAACUCUGUGACUGUUUGGAGACGCGAGAAUCUGUGCUGAGGACUGGGAGCGUGAUUGUGCACAGCGGCCUCUCAUCGAUCGUAAUUAAUUCUUGGUUCCGAAUGCAUUUAAAUGCGCGGUAUGCACGUACUGUGUCGUGAUCUGGCAGAAAUGAAGCGCAAGAAAAAUUAAGAAUGCGUGGUUGUCGCACAGCUACGACACUGUUAUUUAUUCACUGUUACAAAUGAAGUCUGACGUUGCAGCUGACACAGAUACGUAUUGAUAGCUGCAAACAACUGUCAAGAGCGAUGUUUUGUUUUUAUCUUGCUGAAUUUUGGGCCCGUGCAACUCCUGAUCCAUCACUUUUCCCCUGAUUUCGCUUGAAUUUACGAUCUCUAAGCUGCAGCCAAGUGUUUGGAAAUUGAGCAGCCUCUCACUCAUCAGUCGCGUUGUUUGUGUGACUUCACAUGUCUGUGGUUCUGGAUGAGACAUUGUUUAAAAAAAAAGAAGGAAAAAAAAAGCGUGAGAGUCCACGCUUGGAAGAAAUCACUUUCUGCUGUCACGGACCGUUCGCUCGUGGUUGCGAGCGGCCCUGCUUUGUAUGAACAGAUGAGUAAUACGCCGAGGCUGACUGAGCCGAGCGCUGAUUUGAUUUGAAAGCUGGAUAGGGAGGAAAUGUGUGAACCGGCGUGAAGAGCCGUUCUUCCAUUGGCUCGCCGCAGACAUGCUUCCAGCCCGUUGAAUCAGAUGGAAUUGGUGCCCAGUGAGUAUGCUAGUAAUUGCUCAUUGUGUUGUAACAGUAAAUUACCAGAGGCCAUUAUGACAGAGUAGCAUGAUAGCUGCUACAAGUCGUUACAGCAAAUUAACAACUUAUUCUGGACAUCGUUUAGUCUCCUAAUGGGCACAGUUUUAAGCACACUUACAGUACAUUGAAUACAGAGCUGUUUGUCACUGUCCAAACUGUACACACGUCUUCCAUUUUUAGGUCAACGAAUCGGAACAGUGUUGCACUUCAUGUGCUUUCGUUCGGCACAUCCGUGUUUCUUUUGUUUAGUUUUUUAGCAAACUUACUGAUGCAGAAAAAGUCAUGCAAACGUUAAAGUCUUCCAGGCCAUAGGCUCGGCACCGAUUCAGAUUUUGCAUUCGUACAACAGCUUAUUAAUGAAGGUAAUUAUUCGCGGAAAGGAUUGCUCAGUGCAGAGGCUCGGAUAUUCGCGAGGAAAGAAGAGAGGGGGAGACUCUAAAGAGCAGACAAAUGUAAAGGUACAGCCAGGAUUUAUACUGCUACCAUGCGCGAGGCGAGGUUUGCGCUGGGAUGAUUAAUGGUGGGUCAUUUGUUUUUCCGGAUUCCUGCCAACGUGCCCGUCGUUCCUCUCACCUCCCUCGGAAGGAUGGCACGUUUCCCUCUCCGUUUAUGAUGCCCGGCGGGCGAUUUGUACGUACUGUACGUGACAAGUGGCGCGCUAGGCAGGUAAAUUGACUCCCUCCUCGGCAUCUAUCUAACGACGGAGGAUUGAGCGCAGGAGGGAGGCCAUCUCCAUUCAUUUUGACCUCAUACGGAUGAAGGGGGGGAAAAAAUGCUUUACGCACCGGGAAAGAUGAUGAUUCAGCUCAGCAUCCUGUUACACUGGUUUUGUAGCUUACUUGAAGUAUAUGAAAUGGAAAAGAACACAGCAGCCCUUUGCAUCAAUUAUCAGGAGGUCGUGAAGCUCAUUUUAUCUUCACGUCCUAAAGGAGUUGUGAAAACAAUGCUCUGAGGUUAAAAGGAAAAGGCCGUUGGCCGGACGUCUUUGUGAAUUUAGGAUGGAAUGACCUCCAGCCUCUGUGCUGGAUUGAACCCAGAGCUGAGUCAUCUUUGAACUUUCCUUCACGUCCGCGUUUGCCCCGGGUCUAAUGGAGUUCCGUGCCGGGGGUUUGCAGUUAGGAGGAUAAAUUGCUUAUUUAUUGAGGUGCCUGAGCGUGGCACCGAAGGAAAGUUAUUAUUGCAACAAUGCCAAGACAGAUUGGCUCGUCCACUCUGUGGUCACCUCAAGGCCAGGCCGUCGACACUGAAGGGCGCUUCGGAAAAAAAAAAGUUUAGAAAGGGGCUUUUGUCAUUCACUGGUAUCGGGACAUAAAUUGUAGUGGUGGGAGAGGGCGUGCUCUGACCGUGUGUUUUGGUCUGUAUUUACGGCGGAUCAUUAUUACACUAACCAGUGCUCUAAUGUCGGCGUCGUCAUCCUUUCGCCGUGGGUCACAACCAUAAACAACAGGCAGCUAUAAAGAUCAAACCGAGCACUCGCAUCGUGCUGAAAAGGUCUGGAAGGAGUGUAUGUGUUCAUCUACACAUGUUGAGUUAUGUCAGUGUCCGUAAUGGAGGUACCGUGUUUUAAAGGUACCUGUGUUUAUCUCUCUGGGUCAAUUUUCUUAAUUUAUUUAGUGUUAACCUAAUAUUUGCUGCUUUGGAGAACUACGUUCAACGUGACACACGAUAUCUUGCACAGUUACGUAACACAUUUAAGAAAUGUCCUGUAUUGAAUUUAGCUUUUUUGGGGAGAUGUUCUUGUGCAGUGAUUUUGAAGUUACGAAAAAAUCUGGAUCUUGAUCUGAACAUCUCUUUUGCCUGCAUGCUGGAAAAUCAAACAUUUAGUCGCAUGUUAUAUAAGUUCUAAAGUGAUGCUGUAACUUAAAAACCCACGUUGCCAGAACUUUCUCACUCUGUAAUGAGCUAAGAUCACAAGCUUCUGCGACCGACUCCAUUCUGGCGAAGCAAAAGCAGCAUAAAGUUGUUUUCCUGAUCAAUACUCCAGGAAACUUGCAACCCUGUGUCCAAGAAAUUACAUUUAUAUCGCACAAAAUAGUCUUCCCCAGUUUCGUUGAAUUGUUAAAUGUAAUUGGCCACUUGGAUUGAGUAAACAGGGUGUCCUGUUUAUAUACUGCGCUUCACUAAAUCGCAGGAAGGUGCUCAGGGUGGAUGGUGGGUCUGCAAUGCUGCAGGACAUUGAGAUCAAAGUCCAGGGUUUUCAUGCUGGCACCAGUCAGUGAUUACGUUUAGGCAACAAAGUUACCUAGUUAGUGUUAAGAAGAGUAUGUCAUUUUGAAUAGAUAAUGCUAACUGAUUAAUUGAAUACAUUUAAUGUGGACUAUUGCUGUAUUAAACCAGGCCACAUAUUGUUUCCCCAGAUAACCUAACCUACUUGGACACAUGGUUGCAGGUAAUACAAUCUGGUGUAAUUAAAACAAAAAGCUAAAACAACGGAAGCCGAAGACGCCACUUUGACGAAAGGUGAACAGUCAUCAGGAAAAAGUAAAGCAAGUCCUGCUGGUUUCGUUUUAGCUUUGUUUUAAAUAUACCGUGACCCGGAUGGCUGAGAGCUUUCGCCUUUUUGUCGGUCUAUUCAUCUAAAUAUUUCACUCCCCAUUUACACUCGCACAUGAAUAAAGCAUUUGAAGAUUCCCAACAAUUCCUAAUGCACAAAAGACAUACCAACUCCGAAAUAGGUCAAAGUAAAUUGCAUGCGUGACAUGUGGUUUAUAUUUUUAUCAGAAUACAUGAUAUUAGCUCCUCAUAAUUAUAAAAACUCUUACUAUAACUCAUGAUGUCAUCUGUACGCUGUAGUUAGAGUGUGAUUUGUGCUCCCUGCUUUAACUGCGCUGUUGCUUGUCCUUUGACUCCUCACCUAAAAACCUCUUUCUGGCAUUUUUUCUAGCGAAGAAUCUUGACUCAUGCUGCUUUAACCAGAACGCUCUCUACAUUUUCUCGUGUCUCUCACAUCGCGAGUGCUUGUUACAACACUGAGUUGUAGUUCAGAGAGCAAAAGUCAUUGUUGCUGUCCUCAUGUUCAUUUCAGCCAACAUCCGCAUCUUUCUUUUGGCAAGGGCUCUUAGUCUUUUGGUAGACAGGCACACACACUGGAAGAGUUGAGGAAAACACUAGAGGAUGUAACCUGGAACCCCCCCAAGAAAUAACAAGGAAAAAAAAAAAGCAAACCCUUCCCAAAUGUGGACGAGCAAACUGGCGAACGGUCACGCUCUGCCUGGAGAAGCAGCCUGCCCCUCGAGCUACAGUUUUGGACGGCGGAAGGAACCUUCAGUGACUCUACUUGGCUGGCAUUUAGCUCUCGUUGACCCGGUGACUUCCCUUGAUCAGCUGAUUCCUCUUCUUUUCUUUCAGUUUUUUUCUUUCUUUUUUUUGACUGUGAGUCUGUGAAUCGUAGUUGUUGUUCUUUUUCUCUCUCCAAACCAUUCCCAGUUUCAUAUACUUGAUGUUCAAUUACUUGAAGGGCCGUGUUCAGUCGCCUGCAUUUUUCUACCGUAAAAUGAAGGUUGCACGAAAGAAGAAGAAGAAGAACGCGCUCGGGAGGUUGGGGAAAUCUGUUUGUGUAAAUCUUUUUGUGGGUUGAGAUGAUGAUAUGAUAUACAGGGGCAACAUUUUGAUGCAUAUUGUCACCGAGGUUGGCGAAAGUCACCGGAAAUGUAAGAAACAAGUUUUCCCCAAACUCGUCCGCCUGCAUUUUCUCAAAAUGUUGCCUAACGUGUCAUUCCCCCGCGAGGAAAUCUCAGUGUUGGGAUUCUGUCCAUUCCUCAGCCAUAAAUAAGACAGGCAUAUUUUUUAUUUUUUAUUUUUACGCUGUUUGUUGCACAAACCUUUUCGAGAAGCCUUCUGCACUGUGUAAAGAGAUAACGUUCUUAGGAAAUAAAAGGGGCGGGGUGGGCUCCAGUGGUACGGUCCAAUGGUUUUGAAUCAUGACUUGUAAAUAAUACGUUUUCAUACACUUUUUGAUAAUGUUUUAAAUGUAUCUGUAAAAAAAAUUAAAAUAAAGAAAAAAAUAAGCAAACAAAAUAAAAAAAAAAAAGAAUAAAAAAUAUGUACAUAAACUUCCGGGGUAAAAAGGAGUGUAGACUAUAUAUGAAUUUAUUUGUACACAAGAGCACUGGAUUUCUUUACUACUUGAUUGUAACUAAAAAUUAAUAAUCUGCCAAAGUGUUUAUAUUUUACUUUUUCUCCUGUCUUUUCCACUUGUUUUGAUUUAUUUUUAUUUCUUUCUUCUUUUUUUUGCUUUUUAACAGCAUUGCAGAGUUUAGUCUACAUACUGUAUUUAAUUCUGUUGAGUUUUUAAUUUUGGUUGUUGUUUUUUUUAAAAGAGGGGUUAUGAUUUUAAUUUAUUGGUGCCUUGUUUUGUGCUCCUGUAUACUUUUACUCUUUCUGUUUUUCUGUGUUGCGUGUCUGUGGGAGGGGCAGGGGGGACUUUAAAUUGGCGGGUAGGUGAGGGAAGGGACGGGAAGGGACGGGAGGGGACAGGGCGAGUUAAAAACUUAGCAACUUCUGUACUUACAUGGAAUAUCUGUACUGUAUGCCAAAAUGGUCUCACUCACGUUUCUAUGAAAUCAAGCUGUUGAUAAAUAUCUCUAUAUAUUGAUAUAUUAAAUUUAUAAAAACUGUCCAACCUU